CCGACCGACUGGGCUGACACAAAAAUAUCCAUAUGACCGCACAAUAUAAUCCCACAUCAACCCCCACAGUCAGCAACCCCCUCGGAUGCCAAUCUGCAGCACAACCCUCCUCUGUGCUCUCCGCCAUCUCCCCCUCUGGAUCUAUGUCCUCAUCACUGCCGUCGCCAGCGCGCUCAUCACCCUCGUCAUCCGGCGCGUCGCCCCAACCGCAGCGCAAGAUGUCAGCCUCCCGCCUCCCAUUGAGAAGCAUCACCGCCGUCCUGGCAGCCGCGCUCUCCGUCGGCGCGUGGAAGAGUAGGCCAUUCGUCACGAAGUUCCUCACCGGGCCAGGAAACUACUCCCGCAUCCUCGCCCUAGUCGUCGUGCUCGCAAACUACAAAAACUUCCCCUUCGUGUGGCAUAUACGCGUCUGGCAUGGCAUCCUAAGCCACAUGCAAGCCCCCCCCCUCGACCCCACCACCUCCGGCCUCACAACCCCCCACCACCUCCCCGCCCUCUUCCAACCCUGCAUCACCCCCUCCCAAUCCCCCGCCUCAGAAUGCGACUACAACCUCCACAAAUCAAACAGCACCUACUUCUCCGACCUGGACGUCACGCGCUCCCACCUCGUCGCCGCCCUCAUGCACGUCGCCAUCCGCGAACUCCAUCGCAAACCCUCCCUCAUCAUCGGCCCAGACGGCAAGCCCGCGAAGGGACAAUGGGGAAUCAUGCUGGGGGGUGUACAUUGCAGCUUUAAGCGCGAGAUCAAACCGUAUGAGAAAUACGAGAUGUGGUCCCGUAUGCUGGCCUGGGACAGGAAGUGGCUAUACGUCGUCACGCAUUUCGUGAAGGCGGGCACCGCGCGCCCGGCGGGCUGGACGCUCGAUGAUCCCAAGGACUGGAAUUUCGUCCCGCGCUUCCUGCGCACGAAGCGCCGCGCGAGGAAAGCGCGCGUGGCUGCCCCGCCGCCGGAUGUGCCAGAGGGUGCUAUCUUCGCGAGCGCGAUUAGCAAGUACGUCAUGAAAGUUGGCAGGUUGACGGUUCACCCCGAGGCUGUGCUGGAUAUGUGCGAUUUGUUGCCGCCGAAGCCGGGGGGGUGGAACACGAUGGAUGGGAGGAAGGAGGAGGUUGUGGAGGAGGCGGAGGGGUUGGAGGAGAUGGAGAUGGGGGAGAGCGUGUUGUCGAUUUUGGGGAUACCAAAUGGGAAGGUGGAGGUGCGGGGGAAUGGGAGUGCGAAUGGACAUGCUGUUAAUGGUGUUGCGAAUGCUGUUGCGAAGGAGGCGGCGAAGGAGGCGGCGGCGGUGACGGGGUGGGAUUGGAAGAUGGUGGAGGCGGAGAAUGCGAGGGGGAUGGAGUAUGCGAAGCACCAUGCUGCGCUUGAUAGCCUGUCGGAGACGUUUACGGGAAACAAGCACCCGGCGCUGGGAUACUAUACUGAUAUCUUUUAGAGGGUUGCUUGGUAUUAUUUAUUUAUACGGGGGUUUGUUUUGGUAUGCAGGGACAGAAGACUGGAUGAUACGAAUAGUUGGCCAGUCGGCCAGGUUGUAUGAUGAGAAUGGGUGUGUACAUUAUUAUCUAGAUAGAGUUGGGGGCCCAGAGCUCUUGGUUGCUAUUCUGAGAAACAGAAUAUUAGAAAAGCUAAGUAUAGCAGCUAUCGUAAUAACUAGCCCGAAUACACAUGUUCAAACA